UGCCGCGAAAACGUUCAGCGCGCUUGUAGAUCGAGCUAUUAAACAAUUAAAUCCUUAAAUAAUGCCAAAACGUUUGUGUCCAUUCGAGGAUGAUUUACCACCGCAACUUAAAGUACACGUUGGUCAAAAACAAGUCGAUAACGGUAUUUGUCGAGAAGAACGAAUGAAAAGUGUUUACGGUAAAACGAUGGAAUUACUAAAAGAAGGUGUAAAAUCGCUUUCUCGUAAAUUAAAUUCAUCCAUGGAUAUGAAUUCUAUCGAUGUUUAUUCACCGAAAGUACCAUCUCCUUGCAAAAUCAAACAGGAACGUAAUUCGAAACAAAUGGUGCUAAACAAUAAGUUAGAAUUAUUAGGCGUGGACAAAGCCAUAAAGGAUAUUCAACCAAAAUAUGAUCUUUGUGGAUGCACUCGAGUGGUAGAUAAAAGCAUGUUAAGUAAAUGUUCCUAUUGCGAUCAAGUUUUAUGUAAUACUUGCAUCUUUGAGUGUAUUAGCUGCUCAGAAUCAUUUUGUCAAAAUUGUUCUUUACCUGUGUAUGAUUGUGAAGAACGAAACAAGUGCCUUAAUUGUUAUAAAUAA